AUGACAGCAUUUGAUAGAUUGAGUAAUCUCAGCAGUGUUUUAUCGCCACCAAAGACAUGCUCAGCUGUUUCUCCUGAAGAUAUCCCCGUGAGACCAUUUAAAACCACUGUGGUUGGUUCCGGUAACUGGGGAAGCACCAUUGCCAAAGUGGUUGCUGAAAACUGCAUAGAGAGACCCCAGGAAUUCGACCAAAAGGUGAAAAUGUGGGUCUUUGAGGAGAAGGUGAAGGGCCAAAAUCUUACUGAGAUCAUCAACACAAAGCACGAGAAUGUUAAAUACCUUCCUGGAAUCAUGCUUCCUCCCAAUGUUGUUGCAGUCCCAGAUGUGGUGGAGGCCUGCAAAGAUUCAGAUUUGAUCAUCUUCAACAUUCCACACCAGUUUUUGGGCAACAUCCUACGUCAAUUGAAGGGGAGAGUGAACAAAGGGGCACGUGCAAUCUCUUGUUUGAAAGGAUUGAAUGUUAGCAAGGAUGGUUGCGACAUUCUUCCUGGUGUAAUUACCAAAGAGCUCGGAAUUGCUUGUGGUGCACUUUCCGGAGCCAACUUGGCACCAGAAGUGGCCGAAUGCAAGUGGUCCGAGACCACUGUUGCAUACACUUUGCCGGAUGAUUACCGGGGAAAGGGUAAAGAUAUCGACAAAGCAGUGUUGAAGCAUCUUUUCCAUAGACCAUACUUUCAUGUGCACGUGAUCGAUGAUGUGAGCGGAGUCUCUCUUGCCGGAGCCUUGAAGAACGUUGUGGCAAUGGCUGCUGGCUUUGUUGAUGGUCUGGGAUGGGGAAAUAAUGCGAAAUCGGCCGUGAUGCGUCUUGGACUUAGAGAAAUGAUCCAUUUUGCAAAGCUCUACUUCCCAUCAUGUGAAGAAAGAACAUUUACAGAGGAGUCGGCCGGUGUUGCUGAUCUCAUUACAACGUGUUUUGGUGGUCGUAAUGUGCGGGUUGGAAGAUAUAUGGCCCAACAUAAAGUUUCUGCACAUGAAGCUGAAAAGCAACUCUUGAACGGACAAUCCUGUCAGGGUAUAUACACCACGAAGGAGGUGUAUGAGUUCUUGUCGUACAGAAAUGCCAUCGAUGAUUUCCCACUCUUCCAUGUUACGUAUGACAUUAUAUACAACAAUUUCCCUAUGGAGAAGCUUCCAGAAAGAGUGGAAAGAACUGAUGAGAAGUACUGA